GUCCCGGCCUCAGGUCGCGACGGGUGUUCAGUUCACAGGCGAGAGCCGUACCGUGCGGUUGGCCUGCGUGUUGUUUCGGGUUGUAUUCCGUGGUCCUACCCCUGAAGCCGGUCAAACUUUGUCGUCACGGUCCGAUAGUGGACCAAGCAGCAUUCACCGGCAGCGUGUCAAUUUCGACAACGAGUUCCAUCGAAUACCAUUCGUAUUCGCGGAUGCAAUUAUGUACGCAAACUCCGCGAAUCGUCGAGUUAAUCGCGUGUGACGAGAUCGCGGCGCGUGUUCAAUGUGUGGCCAGCUUUCGUCGUAAACAAACGUAACUUCUAGGAAGCGUUACCACGUAAUCGUCGCGUCUGGACGCGUUCCGAACCGUACUCUGCUCCGAAAAUCGCCCGCUACGUCGUAAACAAACGGAGCCUGGUGGGUCUCCACGCAACGGUUGGCAGAACUUUGUCGUCGAUUCCCGAAGUGUAAACUGCACCGACGGAAACGUUUGCCCUGCUCUUAUUCGCUCGGUGACAGCCGUUGGCGGUGCACGAAACUGUGAAAAAAAAACCGUGGACCACGCUCGGGGGAUUCUAACCCAUGUUUCGAAAGUGAGUGAGAGUGACGGUUAGUGUGCAAACAGGGCAAAAAGUGAUAAGAGGAUAAUUUUCUCUCGUUUUUUUUUUUAUUUCUCCUUUAACGAGCAAGAUACCUCGCCAAGAUAUUUUUCUGCCACUUCUACCACCCCGGUCGAGGAGCUCGCCGACUAUUACAGGACCGGCAGCAACUUCACGCCACUUCGUACACCGAGUGAUGUUUUGAAGCGCCAUCAACCGUAAAGAUGAAGGCCGCAAUCGCGUCGUGUCUCGUUCUCCUUCUCGUCAACGGCAUCCUCUCCGUCGAGUGGAAACACAGCGCUGUCUUGAACAAUAGAUUCUUACUUCUUUGGACGCCCGGCGAGACGGAUGUUACGUUCGAAAUUCAAGCGAAGACUCUCGGCUACGUGAGUCUCGGUUUCACGAAGGAUGACGGCCGCGGCAGUGUUGCAGCUGACAUGGUCAUCGGAUGGGUCGACAACAACGGACAGCUCCAUCUUCAGGACCGACACGUGAAGAACGGCAGCAGAGAUCCCCAGAUGGACUCGAGCCAAGACUAUAGUCUGCUACUGGGUUACGAGAACAAGACGCACACGGUGCUUCGUUUCAGCAGGCGAUACGAUACGUGCGACUCAUGGGACCUCAAGAUCACGAACGACACGAUGCAAGUGGUCUGGCAGUAUCACGAGAAGGAGCCAGUGUCCGCCGCGGGUGGGUUACCGGAGCAAGGAUCUGUUCGAGGAUCCAGACCCUUAUAUCUAGUGCAAAGGGACGCGCAGCCGAAGCAAAGCCCGCGCAACCAAGAAGCCGAGCAGUCGCUUAAAACGUGGGACAUAUUGAACCAGCAGGUCCAAUUGCCCCAGGAAAAAGACUGGCUGGUUUGGCGCCGCAUUGUUAGGAUACCAAGCAUCGAUAAGAAACACCACGUCGUGAAGUACGAGCCGGUGAUACAACCCGGAAAUCAGCCGUACCUGCAUCACAUGACGCUGUACGAGUGUCGCGGCGAUCAGGCGAAAUUGGAAUCCGCCGUGAAUUCGCACGACAGCGUUUUCAAUCAGUCGUCUUCUCAGUGCAACACAAUCGCCGCCAUCUGGAGUCUGGGCUCUGAGGGCUUCAAUUAUCCGCCAGAGGCUGGAUACGCGCUGGACCCGCACAGCGGGCCGCGUUACUUCAUGCUGGAAACUCACUACACAAAUCCGCAAAUGGACGUGAUGCGUGCCGGGUCCACGAGCGACAGCUCCGGGUUGCGUCUGCACUAUACGGACCGGCUGCGUACCCACGACGCCGGAAUUCUCAGCAUAGGCAUCGACCCGAACUGGAGGCAUAUCAUCCCGCCAGGCCAACCCGAAGUGAUCUCCGAAGGUCAUUGCAUCUCGUACUGCACCAAACAGACCAUCCCCGACAGCGGCAUCAACAUAUUCGCUGUCAUCAUGCAUACUCAUCAACUGGGGAGGAAGGUCCGAUUGCGUCAGAUAAGAUCCAGAGUGGAACUGCCACCCAUUGCGUCUGACACCAAUUACGAUCCUAGCUAUCAGGAGUAUCGGAAGCUGCAGAAGCCCGUCAGGGUCCAUUCGGAGGAUCAUUUGAUAGCAGAGUGCACAUACUCGUCGGAGUCCCGAAAAAGCAUCACGCUAGGUGGUCAGACGACGAGGGACGAGACCUGCUUGGUGACCACUCUCUACUAUCCACGCAUCGAGUUGUCCCUCUGUUACUCUCUACCCUCGUUACUGACCGUUCUGAAGAGUCUAGGAAUCCAAAAACUGAAACAGGGUUCCACGCCAGUGGAGAUCGAAGAACCGUCAAACCUGGCGGGUAUGACGCUGGAGGAUCGUCUGGUGAGCUACAAUUGGAACACCAAUUUCCAGAGCUUCCAGAAGGUGACUCGCGAGGGUACGUUGAAGCCGCUCUGCUCCACGAUCAAGGGACCCCUGCCGGACACGGAGACCAGGGAGGUGCCAUCCCCGACGAUCCUGACGCCGUACGAGGAGAGCAGCAUGCCCUGCUCGAAGAAACCCCUGAGGAACAAGCUGUUCAGCGACGACGAAGACAUCGGGGCACCGGUGGAUCCUGACGGUGACGAGACCAACGCCGUCGAACGUGGACAAUUGGUACGCAGCAAAGUGUCGCGCAGCAGCGACGGUCCAACCGCUGGUAGUUCCUCCGUCAGAUCGGUAUCCUUGGCACUGAUGCUCGCCACGGUGGCGACGGUUGUCGGCGCGGCGUUUAGGUGAACGCUGGCUCGUCGUUUCGACGCCGAUCGAUCGACGGAUCGAUCGAUUCUGUUUAUCUAGGACGGCCGUUUUAUCCUCUUGUUGAUCGCGCUGGAUCGGGGAGGAGGAUGCAUGUAAGUACGUGCCGGUGUACUUCUCUGACGCGUCACUUAGGCUAAAUAACUGUUGUCGUUCGUCGGUCGUUGAGCGAGGACGGGCUCCAGACGUCGUGGACUCGCGUUCGAGUCGAUCUCUGCUCGCUACACAGGUCGAUACACGGUGGAAUUUUUAUUACAGUGACGGGAUAACUACGGACGCUUGGGAAACCGCGGGCGUAUUUUUGACGGCUUCUCGGAAUCGUGAUCGCGUGGAACGAAUGGAAUUCGUUGUCACCGCGUAGACAGACUGCCAAAUAUAUUUUUUCCCACGGCGAGCGUUCGUCGAGGAUCAGUGAUCCUAAACUGUACUCGUUCAACGAUCGGUACCUCCCUUUUCGCGAUCUCUGCUCGUGCACUAUUGUUAUGAUGUAUAUCGCGUGCUCGCACAGGACGGUCGUUGGAUAUCUUUCGGUUCCGAACGCCUGGAGUCGGGUUCCUCAUUCUCUUUCCUUUCUAGUUCGGUUUAACUAGCGAAGAUCGACGGAGAACUGUACGGAACAAUAAGUGUAUAAAUAUAGCUAUCGAUGUGCUAGCAGGAAAGGAUUCGUUGACCUCGUAUCGACGCGGUUUAAGGACUCUCGCUUCGCGAGAAUUCAAUUUCCAGGAUUUUCCUCUCGAUUCGAAGUACCAGGGAAAAUCGCUUGAAAUCUGACAAGGAAUCGCAAUUUCAACGCAACGCAAACAGUAUGGAGGCGAAUGGUCUCCUAACGCGAUUAGAUGCGAGGGGAGCUGGAAGAGGUGAUACUGGAUGGAAUUCGGAGUCGGUGAUCAGAAUUCUUGAGUAAGUUUCUCUCGCUAAUCGAGAAUUCGUGCGGCAUAAACGAAUUACACGCAGCAGUCAUCUAACGUGAUGAACACUCGAAGGAAAAGGCAAACGUGUCCUUUGAUUUUAUUGUACAUUUGUAGGAUUGUAUAGCACAGGCUUUUAAUGCCUGAAAAAUCUAGAGAUUUCCGAGAAUUUGUAGAAUAUCUUUGAUUACAAAAAAAAAAAGGAGUUAAUACACUGCAAUUUCACACAAAAAUUUUUUGGGAAAUUGAUCGGUGUACGAAUGCAUUCUACACCUACUGUAUAUUAAAAUCAGAAGUCACAUUUUAUAGAGACACUAUUUACAGCUCGUCGAAGUAGCCACGUCGAUACGAGCCAAGAAUCGCAAAUCGCGGAGCGAUGGAGCCGGUUGCUCUAACUCUUUCGUUAAUUUUCUUGUGUAUACAUAUCCAACAGACGUGACGUGCAUUGUAUUGCGCUAAAAGUAUGAUACGCGAGUCGAACGACGUAUGUACGACCAUAUAUACGGGUUCUUUCUUUAAUAUUAGUUAAGCUUAGCCUUGCGUUCUUCAGCCAGAGAGAAAGAACAGGAAAACACAAGUUUCUAGUCCAUUUAGACGAGCCAACGGGUCGCAGUCUCGAACCCGCUCGUCAUUUUAUAAGAUAAAGAACAGCUCGCGUCGGAGCUCUUCGGUGCUUGGCCUCUAUUUUAGCAGUUAACGAUCUCGAACGAAAGAUAUCCACGGGACGAUGGUGCGGGAUCCUGUCGAUCGAGUGGAAUUAUUAUAUUUUGGAGACUUCGGACUCGCAAGAAUUUAUAUUGUUGACUGUUUAUUUUUCGUGUCGGGGACGGGACGAAACAUUGGCAGAGUUUCCCUUGCAGCGGAACGAGGUCAGCUUUUUUAAACCCGUGAGACGUAUGAGGUUGGGAAUAGUACCAUUUCCAGAAAAUAUUGGAACAAACGUUUGUUUACAUAUACCAGAAAUAUUCCAAUUGAUCGUAUCAUCGAUUAAUUGUUGAUUAAAAACCAAGAUUUCCUUUCCAAGCUUGUAGUCUUCUGAGGAAUUUCUGACUUGACUUUGCUCGAAAUGCCAACGGGUUUCGCUCCCUCCCCGGCGAAGUCUGUAUAUUCUGUUACUAUUAGAGCUACGAAUAGAUGUGUUUUUAACGGAGACACCAUGUAAACGUUGGUUGAUUCGCACGGGAAGCUAGGACUAGAACGAUACCAAGGACGAGCAAAAUUUUACUCGAGUAGGUCGAACAGUUAAACCUUUAUUCGUUCGUUCAUUUCGUACUAUAACUCAAAUUUUAAUGCCUGUUUUAAGAGCAACGAAUAAAUGGUUCACGUUUCAUUUGUAAUUUGAAAUCGUCGAUCAGGUAAAAAUUUCGCCCGUUUCGUUCAGUCGUGACGCUUAACCAACGUUUGCAUGUGCGCAAACCGCGGCGGUUCUUUGUAAUAUUCUGUACAGUUUAUUAAGUAUAAUGUUGUUCGCGUGCCCGCGAUUAUUUAUUUUUUAUUUAAUUGUAUAGUCACUUGCCACGUUGAUACUCCCUUUCACUUGCCGCGCAUCACGUUCGCGACGAGCAGCGUGGGUUCGGUUUCUUCAUGCGUCUCUUGCAGAGGUACGGGGGUACUCGAAGAUUUUAGGUUACACUACGUUGGUGUGCUUUGUGUCAAGUAUGGACUCGAAUCCUGAGAAUCUUCUGCUACGAUUGAUUGAGCGGUUUACUUGUGCUUGAUUCCGAGCUGGUUCAGUUCGGGCGAGUUGGAUAUACAAAUUUUUGAAUUGCAACUUUUCGUACUGUACGUGUUCAACGAUUCAAAAUUUCUGAUUGUGUACCUUUCAUGUUCAAUUGUAAAACUCCGCACGUUUUAUUGUGAAAUUCAGAAUGAAAGGGAAUUUUGAAUCAAGUAGGGUUACGGUAUCUUAGGAUUCUUUUCGAGAGAAAGGCUAAUUACAAACAAGGGAAGAAAUAAAAUUAGGUGAAAUGAAUGCUCGUCACACGUUUCCUCUUAUUCGUCGCUGCUUUUUCGUACUGUCUUAUUUUGGCUUGCGCGACUACAUGGACACUCGCGUGUACGUUUCGUUAAUUAAAAACUUUUAACCACGGUGCGAUUCUCGUAUUUUUUGUAUUAUUAUAACACAUUAGAACUACAAUGUAUAAAACAAGACCGUUUCUCAUUCUUCGAGAAGAUUUUUACUCUGGCUCGUGUUAUUUUCAGUAAUAAAAGCUGAUCAUGCAUUACUAGUGC